AUGGGCUCCAGCGGGGGGGCGGCCUGCUCAUUAGGCUCUUAUCACAGCUCUGCACCGGACCAUCAGCACUUCUGCAGCCGUCUGGACCCCUCCUGUCCUCCCAGCAGCUUCAUAUGUAAUGGUUUUGAGCUCUUUCCCAGCCCACACUCUGCUCCUGUUCCCCGCUCGGGCCGGCCCCGCUCCAGCCCCGAGGCUCCAGUCUGGGGCCCAUGCACAAAUGCCGGAACACCGACUGUAGCCGUGAUCCAAAACCGCUGCUCUGCCAACUGUGAGCUCAACCACAGAGAACCUCCUUUAGAGUCUCACUGGUGUGGAGUGCGUUCUCAUUCAAAGCGAUCUGAAAUCUGCUCCAGCCUCUCCGUGCUGCAAGCUUUGUGCCCGGCCUCCUCAGACAAGCUUCCCCAUUGA